AUGUCUGUCCUUUCGUUCCUCAAGUUUUCUCUUUUCUUGCCUCUCGUUAUGGCAAAUGUACCCUCUGAGCUGAUGGUACCACGCCAAACCAAUCCAACAGCUCUUCCCGGAAACUGGUCAUUGGCCGGAUGCUUCACUGACAUCUCAACGGCUCGAACUCUGGCUGCGGUUGUUCUGGUCACCAGCAAUAUGACGGUUGAAACGUGCAUCGGGUUUUGUACUGGGGCAGGAUACAUCUUUGCAGGGGUUGAAUUCCACCAGGAAUGCUACUGCGACUCGACAAUCCAGAUUCCUGGUGCCAAAGCCGCACUCACUGACUGCAAUCUGGCCUGUGCGGGUAAUCCAAACGAAAUAUGUGGUGGACCGGAACGUCUUAGCGUAUACGCUAGUGGCGCUCCCAGUCCAUUAAUCGUCCCAGAACCCUCAACUGGAUGGCAAUAUCAAGGCUGUCUGACUGACAGUACCGCGAAUCGCACCCUUCCGAUGCAGAUUAAUGUCCCGAUUGGUGUGACGGCCGAGACAUGCACGUCUGCUUGUCAAACGGCUGGAAACUUCCAAUUCGCAGGCCUCGAGAAUGCUCACGAGUGUUGGUGCGGAAACACUACGAAUCCCAUUGCUCAACACGUUGGCAACGACGAUUGUCGGCUCGUGUGCCAGGUGGACCACGAUGAAUAUUGCGGAAACGCCAAUCGACUAGCACUCUAUCAGUUUACCCCGGACGGUGCUCCACCACCACCCGUACAAGAAUGUGCGACCGAUCUCAGCAACUUCACGCUGAAAGCUGUUUUCGUCAACCCACCCGUCGGGUCCCCUUCGCAGCUCUCCUUGCGAGCAGUGCUUGUUGAGAUGGUUCCCAAUGUUUUCUGGACCGUCCUCUCUGCGUGUACUUCCUGCGCCACAGAAUGGACAACAUUCUCUAUCCAAAACUCAGUUUUCCUCCCCCAUUCGUUCCUUGACCCCGGAAUCACCAUGACCUCCAUCGGGCCCUCAGACGGCAAUUCCCCUGCUUUCGUGGCAUCAGUCCCGCCCUUCCCAGGUGUCCCCACCUACUGCGCUGCCUCGACCACUAACCCUAACUCCCCACUCAUUCUCUCUGUAGCGGGCAAGACUAACUCGUGGUCGCUCUGCAGUAACACGACGUUUUUCAAUGCCGAUGGCCGGGUUGACCUCGUGUUCAAUCCAGUGACGAACCACCCGCAUUAUGCGUUUUCGUCGUGCAAUGCGGUUUCCGUUCAGGUCAUCCAAGCGUAA